GUUUGUGAAACAAUUCUCAAAUGUUGUAAUGUUUAAGUUUGCGCAACAUUGAAAUAGUUGAAUACGCAUGAAUAUAAACAUCAAGCUGCCAUUCCUUUUACACAUGAAUAUUGACUGACUAUAUGAAAAAGAAUAAGAAGUUUUUUCUUUGUCGAAAAGGUUACGUUUGCGUCCAUUUACGUCUGCGUCAAAUUGUGACCUUUGACCAGUGAAAUGAAUAUUAUAGAAAAGUUCACUGUGCGCUUGUGCCUUCUUUCACAAAAUACCAUGGCAGCGGAUUCGUUCAUUUUUGCAGGCUUCUGAUUGGUUGAAGUAGAUUCAAAAGAGAAUGUGGAGGGAUUUUCAACAACGACCAGACAAUAUACAAACGAGACAAACUUUAACGAAACAAAUUUGUUUUAUUUUCCGUUCCCUCACAUAAAAGAUCCUCGUAAGGGGGACGAGAUGGCGAAUGUACCAUUAUUACAUUUAUUUGACGAUAUGGUCCGCAAGUCUGAAGUGUUAUCUUCCGGCAUCGAGAAAGAGUUUAUAGCAUUCGCUACGUAUCAAGAAAACUGCCGCCAACAGUGGUGUUUGGAUCAAGACGAAAUAGCCAAAUUGCGAAAAGAAAACGCCAAAUUAAAGGCUGACACUGAAGCACUGAAUGCGAAGCUAACCCAUGCAAGAAAUGAGCAGUUGAGUGAGAGAAACAAGAGACAAAAAGCAGAGAAUGCACAACAGCAUUUGGAAAGUCAGGUAGCACUCAUUAAAGAACUGCUCAAUGAUGAGGACGCAAGGAACAGGUUGAAAGAAAAGGAAGUGAAGCUUCUCACGCAGAUCAGUCAUUGCCAGCAAGUUAUCGUCAAUAGUCCUGUAAAAAGGGCUCACGAACCAGACGUGUCCCAAUUAUCGGCAUCCUUUUCUGAUGACGAUUACACUGAAGACGAUCUGACGAACACCGUGAAUAAAUUCGGUGAAGUUGAAGAGCACACGCCUCCGAAGAGACUAAGGAAGAGCUACUCGACGGUAGAAGCGAAGAUACCUGGAAGCGAGGUUAACGGGUCUCCUGUUUUGAAUUUGUCAAAAGCUACGAGUGCCGUGUAUUUGAAACCCUUGGAAAAUCAAGCUGAAUUACCACCUUCUGGGAGUAAACCCCAGCAUCAGCAGGUGGCUCGUCUAUCCCAACGGACUAACACGGAUCAAAGGACGCCUAAUACCCGGUCUGCUUCACCAAUAUGGAGUAACUCGCAGUCCAAUGGAAAGAAACCUAAGAGCCACGACUUCGUUUCAAAAACUGUUUUGAAACCAGAAUCAUGCAAAGCCUGCGGCAAACUUAUUCGAUUUGCGAAAUUGGCCUUGAAGUGUCGAGACUGUCGUGUGAUCUGCCACACGGAGUGUAAGAAUCUCGUUCCACUUCCUUGCAUUCCUGUUAAGCGCACACCUAAUUCAACCAAAAAACCAGUUGAAGAGAAUAUCGAGUUCUAUGCUCCCACAGUAAGCCCGAGGAUUCCUGCGUUAGUGCUUCGUUGUGUAGAAGAGAUUGAACGGCGAGGAUUGAACCAACUUGGACUGUACAGAGUUCCUGGGUCUGAGGCACGUGUUCGUGAAUUGAUGGCGGAAUUUUUGAAAGGGAAAGGCUCUCCCGAUCUGACGAAGGAAACUGAUGAAAAUGUCAUCUGUGGAACCUUGAAAUCUUUCCUCAAACAGCUAUCCGAGCCGAUUCUGACAUACGCGUUGCAUAAACGGUUUUUGGAAGCUGUUGAAAAACCGGACGAAGACGAUGCACUAUUAUUUCAAGCUGUCAGCGAACUGCCCGCUGCGAACAGGGAUACCUUGGCUUAUCUCAUGGUGCAUUUGCAGAAGAUAGCUCAGAGUCGUGAAUGUAAGAUGCCUGUGACAAACAUUGCUAAAGUGUUUGCACCAACUCUUGUUGGCUACAGCUGUCCUCAUCCUGAGCCCGUACAGAUGUUGACCGAGGCCAAAAUCCAGCCGAAGAUUGUAGAGAAACUGUUGGAAAUGCCAGUUGAUUAUUGGAAGCAAUUUCUAAGUGUAAACGAGGAGAACAUUCGAUCACCUCCAUUCAAUCCCAAUACUCAUAACGCUGACGGAACUCCAAAAACUCCGCAGGGCUUGACUGCACCUGGAGCCAGUAUGCUUGGCCCAGCAAGAAGUGGGGACACGCCUGGUGGCAAAUCAGUAAAGAAGAAAGGUAGCCUCCUGGGACGGACUCCACUCACUCCAAGAUUUGGAAGCAAAAGCAAACGUCCAAAUAAAAGACCGCAUCAUUUCUUUGAUUCGCCCAUGCUGAAAUAAGCAAUUUUGAGGACAUGGUGGAUAUUUUAACGAGAAAAACCUUUUUGCUGUAUUCUUAUGAGUGGUGACAGAUUAAAUUUCGAACCAACGGGAACAAUUUACUUGACUUCUGUGUUGUAGAGUAGCUUUAAUCAUUCAUAGCUAGAGUUGAUUUAUCUGAUUAUUGCACGAAGAGUGACUAUCAUUACGAUAAUGCAAACUUUUUUCUCCAUUUAAAGCUUUAUAAUGUCCCGUGUUUGUAUUCUUGUAGUUUAAGUUAGUACAAUAGGUCUACAAUUUUGUAUAUCGAUCAAUCGUAGAAGAUGUACUAAUUAAUAUAUAAAUUAUUUGUCGUGGGACAUUUUUCUUUAA